UUGAAGUACUGGCUUGCGAUGUUUGUACUGUUUGGUGUCAUUACAGUACUAUGUGUUGACCCUUUGUUCUUCUACCUUCCCGUAAUCAACGAAAACGACCAGUGUAUUGAUUUGGAUAAUAGAUUACAGAUCACCGCUAUUUGUUUGCGGUCGGUCUUCGAUGUGAUUUAUGUUGCCAAUAUGAUUUUCGGAUUUCUUUUUCCUCGAAAAAGUAGUAAUUUGGACAAGGAUCGCGCUACUCCUGAGUUUAAAAAGACGUGCUUCAGGUACUUGGGCUUCGUAAUUGACAUCCUUGCUAUUCUUCCAAUCCCACAGGUUUUAGUUCCAAUUAUUUUAAAAAAAAUGGGAAGCUCAAAACUUUUGGACGAAAGGAAUAUCCUAAAAGCCUUAGUUCUGUUGCAAUAUGUGCCAAGAGUUGUCCGAAUCUACUUAUCAUGGACGAAACUUAUCCAAAGUUCCAAAACACUUGCUAGAAGCAUAUGGAUUCAAGCUGCCUUCAAUUUUUUUGUAUAUAUCCUUGCCAGCUAUGUACUUGGAGCCUUUUGGUACUUUCUCUCUAUCGAAAGACAGACGAAUUGUUGGGACAAAGCCUGUAUUGAUCAUGCAUGUAUCCCAGGUUCUUUUAGAUGUGGUGGCAAAUUACAAAAUAACACAUUUUUAGAUGAUUUUUGUCGUGUACAAACAUUGAAUACGACGCAGUUUGAUUUUGGAAUAUUCCGUGAAGCCCUUGAAUCUGGUGCUGUGUCUUCCACAAAUAUUCCACAAAAGAUCAUGUACUGUUUUUGGUGGGGCCUCCGAAAUUUGAGUUCUCUCGGUCAAAACCUUGAAACAAGUAACUAUCUCUGGGAAAACUUCUUCUCCAUUUUUAUUUUGAUCUUUGGUUUACUACUGGUUUUGUAUUUCAUCGGUAGUGUGCAGACAUACAUACAGAUGAUAACUGAGAAGGCAACUCAGAAGGCGCAGAUGGACGCUGAGAAGUUAGAGGAGAUUGAUCGCCAAAUGAAAAUUAAAAAAUUAACCAUACGGUUGUGGAUAUCUAGAAACCAGAUUCCUGAUUCUAUGAAAGAGCAGAUCUUCUCCUGCAUAAAGCAAACACUGGAAAGAAACAAAGAUUUUGAUACGGAAAAACCGAUCCAUCAUCUUUCCGGCAAAGAUCUCUUAAAGGAGAUUAAGCUUCAUCUUUGCUUACCCCUACUAAGAAAAGUGCAAGGCCUUAAAAAUGAAAAGGAAUACUUGCUUCGAUCGAUCUGCGAAUCUCUCAAGCCAUUGUACUACAACGAGGACAGCUACAUUAUCCGGGAGGGAGAGCCACUGAAUGCGAUGCUCUUCAUCACACAAGGCAGUGUAUGGUGCUUCAAAACCAGUAAUGGAGAGAAUGGUGAGGGCCCUCAAUGUAUUGAAAAAGGUGAGUUCUACGGAGAAGAACUUCUAGAGUGGGGGUUCAACGGCUCCCCCUCACCCAAACUAUCAGACUACCCAAUCUCCACAAAAACUGUCAAAACCUUUACAAAAGUUGAAGCCUUUGCGCUUACGGCCAAUGACUUGAAAAUAUUAGUUGCCAGGCAUUCCGACGCACUUUCUAAUGCAAAAACGAAAUUUACACAAGCAGCUCGGCGGUGCCUUAAGGAAAAGAAGAAUGAAAAUUCCACAGCACAACAGUAGUAGCAAUCAUGCAUGUCUCAUUGUCUUGGUGCUUCAAGACCACCU